AUGGUUACCACCGGAAAGCGCAAGUUGAAGACAAAGAAAUCAUAUUCAAAGCAAAACAAUCUCUUCGGCAUAAUCUCCAAAGUUACACUGACAGCACAAACCUUCCUCUCACAAAACGACCUCACUCUUCUCCCUUCUCAAUCUCUCCUCCUCGAUUCCCUCAUCUCUUCAACUUCCCACUCUCUCUCUCUCCUCCUCAAACCCUCCCACCCACUUUCUCUCUCCUCACCUCACCACCACCACCACUCAUGGUUCCGCCGCUUCAUUUCUUCCACUUCCGCCUCCGAUUCACGAUGGCUCGAUGCUUUUCGCAUGUCCAAUCCCUCCUUCUUCCACCUCCUUGAUCUCCUCUCUCCCACCCUCACCUCUUCAAUUCCCCAAAUUACCCCUGAUUGUGCCCUAGCAGCUGCAAUUUUCCGUUUAGCUCACGGCGCUAGUUACAAUUCCGUUGCCCGGAGAUUCGGUAUUUCUCCCUCCGAUGCUUGCCGUGCUUUUUUCACUGUUUGUAAAGCGGUUAAUGAUAAUUUAGGAAAUUUGUUUGAGCUUCGAACUGAUUCUGAUAGGGUUGUGGUGGGUUUUGGUUUUAGUUCACUUCCUAAUUGUUUUGGGAUUUUGGGUUUGGCUGGUUUUGAAAUUGAUGAGGAAAUUUUGGGUAAAAAUGGGUUUUUGCUGGUUCAAGCAUUGGUUGAUUCUGAAGGGAGAUUUUUAGAUGUUUCAUCUGGGUGGCCAAAUUCGAUGAAACCUGAAACGAUUUUGCAUGAGAGUAAGCUUUACCAUGGGGUUGUGGAAUCAAGGGAAUUGUUGCAAGGACCAUCUUAUAAGCUAAGUGAUGGAAGUUUGAUUCCUCAGUAUGUUUUGGGAGAUUCAUGUUUUCCACUUUUGCCUUGGCUUUUAACACCUUAUAGUAGAGGGAAUGAAGAAGAUGGUUUUAGUUCGGCUGAAAUUGCGUUUAAUUCUACUCAUAGUCGUGCAAUGGGGUUGUUUGGUGAUGCUUUUGGGAGGCUUAGAACUAGGUGGCAGCUACUGUCGGAUUCUAGGAAGUGGAAACGAGGUUGUGUUGAGUAUUUGCCGUUUGUUGUUGUUACUGGUUGUUUGUUGCAUAAUUUUCUCAUUAAAUGUAAUGAUCCCUUGCUAAGAGAUAAAGGGGUGAGUUGUGUGGAAAAGGAAGGGGAUGUUCUUGCUUCUGAUGGUGUGGUAGAUGAGAGUGCAGUGAGGAUAAGGGAUGCACUUGCUUUGCAUUUGAGUAGGGUGAGCCUCAGAAGAUGA